UGUUUCAGUCGGACCAUUGUCGAAUCGUUAAGAAACUUGAAUGAGAAUGUCAAAGAUAGAAAUAAACGGUCCCGUUGAAUGUACGAAAGUUCAGUUGCUGUAAACGUUCAUAAUGACAAAGUUCGAUUUGUAUGAAGGAAAGCAGCAGACAUUGCGUUCCUUUCUUACAUUCGCCGUGUAUUCGAUUUUUAUCAUUCUCUGUUCUCCUGCAGGUGGUGGAGGAGGUAGCGGUAGCACCGGUGCUCUGCGACAGCACAAGAAGCAGCGCAGAAAAUCGCGCAGUGGGAGCAGCUCGCCGAGCGGCAGCAGUCGUUCCGGAAGUAGCAGCAGCAGCCGAAGCGGUAGCUCCGGCGGCAGCUCUUCCGGGGGCAGCACGUCGCCCGGUAGCUCGCCGCAUCGUACGAGCAACGUAGCCGUCACGGAGGAUCGCAGACCGUUGGCCAUCUGCGUCAGGAAUUUGCCAGCCCGCAGCAGCGACACUUCCCUCAAGGAUGGCCUUUUCCACGAGUACAAGAAGCACGGCAAGGUGACGUGGGUGAAGGUCGUCGGUGCGGCCGGCGACAGAUAUGCCCUAGUCUGUUUUAAGAAACCCGAGGACGUGGAGAAAGCUCUCGAGGUUUCGCACGAUAAGCAGUUCUUUGGAUGCAAAAUUGACGUGGCCCCUUACCAAGGGUACGAUGUGGAAGAUAACGAGUUCAGGCCGUACGAGGCAGAGCUAGAUGAGUACCAUCCGAAAGCAACAAGGACAUUGUUCAUUGGGAACCUCGAGAAGGACGUUACCGCGUCCGAGCUCAGGAAGCAUUUUGAACUGUUCGGCGAAAUAAUAGAAAUUGAUAUUAAAAAACAAGGCGCCGUGUCGAGUUAUGCUUUCUGCCAAUAUUCGGAUAUCGGUAGUGUUGUUAAAGCGAUGAGGUCGAUGGAUGGUGAACAUCUGGGUGCUAAUCGAAUCAAACUUGGAUUCGGGAAGUCUAUGCCCACAUCCUGCGUCUGGGUUGAUGGUAUUGGAGAUUGUAUGUCCGAGAAAUACUUAAACAUGCAAUUCCAUCAAUUUGGACCGAUAACUCAGGUAGUGGUAGAUCGUGAGCGUGGCCAUGCUCUGGUCUUUUUUGAGCAAAUAAGCUGCGCUCAAGCUGCCGUAAAAGAGAUGCGGGGAGUUGCGCUUCGUGGCCGCCGUUUACAGGUCGAUUUUGCCUCAAGGGAAUGCCAAGAGACGUUUUAUGAACAUCUCGAGCGUCAAGGAAAUGCUAGCGAAAAGCCUUGGGACUCGAGGCCUUCGCCAGCGUCGUCAUUUGACGUGACGAUUCCUUCUAGGCGGGAGCGUAGUAGCUUCGACUCGACAGUGUCGGUGUCGAGUUCGAGCAACAGAUUCACACGUUACGAUACGCCCCCGCGAUCGAGAACGGCGAAUUACUCACGGACGUCCGGAGGUAGUACGCCUGGUGCGAGUCCAGCCCAUUCGACGGCGAUGUCGCGAAGUAGUAGACGAUCCUACCAGGAUUCCUACUACGACGCUGAUUACGGUGAACCAACGUCGCGACGGUUUCGCAGCUACGACGAGUUCAGUCAAGGCAGCGGCGCGAGUCACGACGAUUAUCAAAGCAGCGUUCUCAGCGACGGCAAGCUCAACGACGAAGAUUGCCCGCCACCAUCGCGGCGUCACACGGUACAAAGCGUCGUUACGAGCGUCGAUCCACCUGCACCACCGCCACCAUUGUUACCUCCGCCCGACAUUCGACACCUCCAAAAAGAGCGCGUCCACUUGCUAGAGCAACUCGAGGAAUGUCACAGUAGCGGCGACGAGGUCGGCUUUGUGCCGAAGAAACGCGCGAAACUCGACAGCUCGUCGACAACAAUACUGUGCGAAGACGACGAGCCGGAAAUCGCGUCGUUACUCGUUACCUCGCACUCUAGUAGAAAAGGCAUGGACUUUAGACGCGUUAGUGAUAGCAAAGUGGUGGUGCAUCAUAGCACGAGGAGAGGUAGUUGUGAGGGCAGGGGUCCUGGACCUUGUAAACGUCGUCGGGAUGCCACUAGCAGGCAUCACGAACAUCACGAUGGAUCUCGACCAGGUACUCCUCUUGUUGACGAGCGACCGGAGAAUUUGGUACCUAGCGAGCCGAGACGAUUUAGAGAGAGGAGUCACGAAGGUCCAUUAUCGUUGCCUCUGCCAAGGUUUGCGGCACAAAUGUUGAAUAACAACAAUAACACAAGCAGUAGUAAUAACAACAAUGGCAGCAGCACUCGAUCGAGCAGUGCCAGUCUCGCCAAAGUUGCUAGUCCGCCAUGUACCAGCUUGUCUACUGCGCCCAGUCCUCGUGCCGCCCCGCAACCACCGGCUUCGCCGCCUCCCAGGCAUGCCAGCUCGAGCCCAACCAGUUCCGACAGCGAGACAGCGCCGCAGUCCCCUAGUCUGGAGGAGAGGAUACGCUCUCUGGAUGAAAAGUACGAAAAGUGGUCCGGUUCGAGAGCGUUGAGUGCUGCUGGCGGUGAAGCACUGGCAAAACUCGAUGCCAGCGCUUCAGAAAGAUUCCGAUUUCGGCAUAAACUGCUCGAUAUGGAUCUCCACGAGGUGCAACCUUCCGACAUCGUCAAGUCGGUUCUCGCGAAAAGAAGCGUGUUCGAUGAGGACUCGAAGCGUUUGGAAAACUUUAGUGAAAAGUACGAACCGCGGGAAUUUACUGGUGUUAUUGGCGUUAGUUCUAUGAUCGGGAGUACCGCCGGUCUCACCGCUAGUGGUGGCUGUACCAGCAAAGUUUGUCUGCAGUAUCCGUUUCCUAGUCAUCCGCCGGUACAGCCGACCAGCGGUACUUCGGUUAGUCAAGUCGGCAUUAACACGUCAUUGUCCGCGAGUUUGACCGCGACGACGACCUCGAUGGCCUCGUCGAUGCUGAAGACCGAUCCGCGGAUUGUGCAACAUAACUGUAUACAUCCGACGCCGGCUACGCCGAUUACACCCGGUACUUCUAUUAAGACAGUUAGUCCUGAAUUACCACCGGUUUCUCUACCGAUCGGUCUCGUUAGUGGAACGGCGGCCAAUAGUGGCAACAGUAGUGGUUUAGCGUCAGCCAGUAGUCUUCUAAGCAGCAGUGGUAGCAUAGGUAGCAUUCACACCCUUGGAGCCUCGACACAUCGAGGAUUGAGCAUCCCCGCGUCUACCGCGUCGCCAACGGUGACCGCGGCGUCGACAGAUGCCUUCUCGACUGCAGUAACAACAGCGGUGACUGUUACGACAACCCCGUCAACAGUAGCAGCAACAACGACGAUGUCCGUAACAGGCGCGAUAUCUUCCAUGACUACUACCAGUUCGAUAGCUCCACCGUCUUCCAUAACAUCCUCAUCCAAUUCUUCCUCUUCAUCGUCAUUAUCCACAUCUUCCACAGAUUUGACUCGUUCUCGUUUGAAGAAGGAAACGAGCGGCAGCAGUCGAGAGAGUAGAGAUUCUCGCGAUGGAAAGGACAGCAGGGAGUCGAAACAUAGUAGUAAAGGGAAAGACUGUCAAAGAAGAUCACGAAAGGAAGAAACCGACGUUGAAAGAACUCGCAAAGAGAGGGAUGAAAGAGAAAAUCCAAACGUUAUGAAUGACAUCGGCAACACGGAUAAUCAUAAUAGGGACUUUAAGGAAAAUAAAGAACUGAGGUAUGAGCGGAAAGAACGAGAGGAGAAAGAAAGGAGGGACAAAGAAGAUCGUGAUAGGCAAGAGCGAAGGGAUAAGGAAGAUCGUGACCGACAAGAGAAAAAAGAAAGGGAGGAACGCGAGAGGCGCGAAAAGGACGAGGAGAGACGAGAAAAAGAAAGACAAGACAAGGAACGACUGGAGAAAGAUAGAAGAGAACGCGAAGAAAGAGAACGAGAAAGGAAAGAAAGGGAGGAAAACGAACUUAAAGAAAAGGAGAGACGAGAGAAGGAACGAAUCGAACGAGAGAGGAGAGAACGAGAAGAGAAAGAGCGACAGGAACGGAGGGAACGCGAGGAACGUGAAAGGAGAGAGCGUGAAGAACGCGAAAGAAAAGAACGGGAAAUUCGUUUGGAACGUGAAAAGCAAGAAAAGGAGCGUCUUAAAAGGGAAAGGGAGGAACAAGAGAGAAGAGAGAAAGAAGAACGAGACAGAUUGGAACGAGAAAGGAGGAGAGAAGAGAAGGAACGGCUCGAACGAGAAAGAAAGCGAGAGAGAGAAGAGAAGGAGAGAUUGGAACGUGAACGGCGGAAAGAGAAGGAAGAACGGGAAAAGAUGGAGAAAGAAAAACGCGAAAAAGAGGAACGGGAGAGACUUGAGAAACUUGAAAGGGAAAAGCAUGAAAGGGAGAAGCGUCGGGAACGCGAAGAUCAAGAGAGGCGGGAUAAAGAGAAGACUGAGCGCGAGAAGAGGAGAGACCGCGAAGAAAAGGACAAAGAGAAGAGAGAACGUGACGAAAGCAGACGGCAGUCGACUGAAAAUCAUCUACAUCCGUCUGUAACGCAAUCUCAGAGUCAAAUCGCUCCGGCACCGGUGCCGAUCAAGCGCAGGUGUUCGUCGCAGGAUUGUCCUACAGACGAGGACGCUAAACGCGUUAAACUUUCGGAUCAUCGGCGAGACAGCAAAGACCGGUCUAGACAAAACAGGAGAUCCGAAGAUCGCAAGCAUCGUAAUGAUUCGCAUCGUUCUAGUCGAGAGAGUAGGGAGAGUCGUGACAGUAAGGAAAGCGGUAGUGCGACGCAGGAUAGCAGGGAUGGGGCGCACGGAGAGUCGACACGGGAAAACAACUCGAGGGACAGCGGAAACAAGGAGAAACAGAAGAGCAAGAGAAAUCGAUCGGAGAAGGAGUCGAGGGAGCGUAGCCCGAGAGUCUCGCACGAAUCCGACAAAGAAUUUCUGUCAAGAUUGGAACUAUCCAAGAGAAACGACUCGAGUCCAUCGACCGAGCAAUCUACCGUGGGAACAAAUCACAGAGACGCGCAACAUCAGCAACAGUCUACAGUGAAUUCUCAUAGCGACGUAGACGAUGGUCCUCUUUCUACUCACGAAAUACAAGUGACGAGGAAUCCAUCGGCCACAGAUACAGACAGCGACGAGCCUAAGAAGCAUUCGAUUUUUGACAUUGUCGAUGACGAACCUGCUUACAUCAGCAUGUAUGACAAAGUGAAAGCCCGUUCGACGAAGAACAUGCAAAAGUUAGAAGAAGAAAAACGUCAAGUACGUCUAAAGGAUAAGUUUUCGCAACUGAAGCAAAGUCGUGCCAGGCGAGAGGAGAAGAAACAGAGCACAUCGUGGGACGGAGAUUCAGUCAGCAGCAAAGCUCUGACUGAGGACGAGGCUACUUCCGAGUCGGACUCGACGAGAACCAAGUCCCUGUCGAGGAAGGGCUCGCGAUCUCGCAUUCAUUCGGACACGAGCGAGGAGGAGGAACCGUUCAACAACAAGGUCCGGAAGUCUGUGAAGACGGAGAGAUUCCUCGAAAGUGAUGUCGAUCUCGGCUUUGCUGACACUGAGGAAAAGCAGAAUCCACUGGAAGUUUCGAACGCUAUUGUUAACAGCGUGCACACGAGUAUCAAGGAGGAGCCUCGUACGUCCGACGAAGACGAGCGAGUUGCUGUUGGUUUCCGUACGAAUCAUCCUACGAUAGUGGUAAAUAAUCACGAGAGAGAUUCGCGAAAGAAGUCGCACAAGAAGAAACAGAAACGUCAGAAGAACAGCAUUUCGAGCGAAGAUUUGAAGGUCGAACCGAAUGUGGAGCAUAAGAAUAAAGUUGAUGUCAUCACGUCGAAUGCAGACUGCCGGCCGAAUCACGGCACGGAAUUGACUUCUGUCACCGCCGCUACGGCCAUUGUCACGACAGCGUUGGAGAACGCGGAGGAAAGAAUGCGGGCCGAUAAGAAGCAACGUAGUAAAAAGGAGAAGAAACGCGAUCGAAAUGGAGAAGACAAAGCCAAAGCGAGACGAAAGAGGCUUAAUAGACAAGAGGCGAGAGAUUCUCAACGUAUGGAAGACAUCUUCGGCCCGCUCUCGGACGACGUUGACGAUGGUCCGCCUAACACGUUCUUCAACAGAUUUGGUAAUAUGACAUCGGAGAACAGUGCUUACGCCUCGGACAGCGACGGUGGUCGUAGCUCGCUUGACAUGGACAGAGUGAGACGAAAGACGGAAAAGAAACGGCGUCAUCAGCCGGAGGCUGACGAGAACAGCGUCGAUCUCGCCGAAGCUGGGCGAGAGAUCGAGGCGAAACUCCUGGGUAUACCGAACUCUCCGAAGGCCGUCCCCGCGUGCACGACGGAACCCAAUGAGCACGAUGUCUUUCGAUUCACAGACGAUAAUGACAGCGUCGAGCCCACCCCUUCGACAGUGCCGGAGAAGGUCAAGGAGAAAAAGAAAAAACGGAAGAAGUCGAAAGAGGAACGCGGCCGAAAGGAUUACCAUCACCAUCACCAUCAUCAUCACCAUCAUCACGAGAAAAGCGGCGAAUUACCUUAUUUGGGUGCCGAACCUAGUCCACCAAGAGCAAGCAGUCCAUUAGUAUCUAAGACAGUAUCACCCAGCUUGCCCACGUCUAGAGAAACACUGUUAAGUCCUAUACCUAAAGUAACCACCAACGUAUCGACCGUUACGUCGAUCACUCCACCAGUCGUGACCGGUAGCAUACAGACUGCCAAGUCGGAGAAGAAGAAGGACAAGCUCAUACCCGGCUUUGGAAUAGAAAUGGACGAGAUGAUCCACGAAAACGCCGUGAAAAGUAUCUCAGAGCCGGAUGAAAGGGAUAACAAUUGUCAAUCUCGAAGCGGUAGGGAGGAACCGGAAGUACCCGUAUCGACAACACCACCUGCUCAAAGCGAGGACAAACCGCGAGUGGCAAUCUCGCAGGAGGAAACAGAGGAUGCCGUCGCUGCGUUGCUCGAAGAAACGUUCGGCGCCUCGACGGAGGACUUCUCUUAUGAGGGCGAGGAGGAGGAAGCGGAAGCUGACGGGGUUGCCGGGGCACCGACUGAAGCGCCUCAAGAGGACGUCGAGGAGAUGCAGCAAGCGGUCGAGAGUCUGAACGCGUCGACGGGAGAAGGUGAUGCGGACCUGAAACCGGAUACACCGCAGAGCGAGCACGAUCUCCAAAUUGACACGGAUACGGAGGAAGAUCCGAAUUACGAGACGGUCGAUCUCACGCAGCCGCCAAAGACGCCGGAUAUACCGUCGUUCUACAAGUCUCCCACGAAGACAUUGCCUAUGACGUCUGUCUUGGGCGCUACGCCCGAAAAGUCGGUUGAAGUGCGAUUGCCAUCCGCAGUUACGAAACCACAGAGUCCACCUUCCGUGAUCGCUCAUUCUUGGAGUUUGAACGAGCACAACAACUCGCGGGAACCCGUCAAGUCCCAUCAAUUGAAAACUAACGAGUCAGACGCUGAUGUCGCGAGUCCAGAGAGAACAGCGCAAGUACAAAGAACAUCCGCAUCGCCGCCACCACCUCAGUAUAAACAACCUAUGCUGGUACCUUGUAGCGUACCGAUCACAAGCGAAAUACCGAAAUCGCUCGCCGUCCCGAGUUCGCGACCAUCGCCGAUGCAACCUCUGUAUCAAAGGCUUCCUGUGUCUCCACAGUCCCAAAUGGUACCGAUGCGUCAAGCUUCUCCCAAAAUGCAAAACGUCACAACAGUUUCCUGCUCAUCCUCUUCGAACACAACACCGUUGCCGUCAUUGCUUUCAAGAGUUCCAUCUUUGGUACCGUCUCAGCCAUCACCGCGCGUCUCUCAGCCGCUUUCGCCUAACGGACAAUGGUCACGGAAUCCGACGUUGAGUCCGCACGUGCCGAACGUAGGGAAGAGAAAACCGUCGCCGCCACCUACCAAAAUCGCGGUAUGCGUGCCCAUUCCUGCCCACAAACCGGAAACACCGGUUCAGCAAAUUUAUUCGACCGCGGCGACCCAACAGCCUGUAAUACAGCAUGCCUCGGGAAUGCUGGCGCCCGCACCCAGCUAUCCACGCGGCGGUUUACCGCCGUUAACUCUAAGCAUCCCGCGGCCUUACAUGCCGGUACCACCGUUGGCCUCUGGCAUACAAGUCAAGAGUUCGCGCGAUGCCUCCCUGGGUGGCAAAUCCGUAAUCGAGACGUUACUUCCCGUAAAUCCGAACGAACCGACUCAGAGACUGGACGAACCGAAAUUAUCACCAACUAUUAUACCGGAGCCAACUAACAAAGCGUCCACCUCUCCUAAGGUUCCCUCGCCGAAUCAGCCGCCCACAUUUAUACCGGAAACGGCGAAGAUUGAGAUCAACGCUAGCACAUCCAGCCCAGUGUUCGGCAAACCUGCUUACGCGACGGACAAUUACACGAUGUCAUCUAGAACGCAGAAGCAAAUUUCCGUGUCCCUCACAACAGACAGCAAUCUACUGUCGCCAAGACAGAAACAGGAGGUGUCGAAUCUUCAACUUCUCACCACGCAUGUACCUCGCUCUUCUACGCCCAGUCCGGUGAUCGUGGCGCACGGUCAGCCUCACCUACUUCACAAGUCCGUGCACCCUCUAGGCCCACCGACUGCUUCUUCUCCAAAUCAGCCGUUGAUCAAGACCGUCGUACCUAUAGUCCCUCAACAAAUAACACCGAACGCAGCACCACCGGUGCCCAGUGACAAAUGCGUCAUCCCACAAACGCCCGUUGUUUGCCAGAGGCAGUCGCCGGUCUCUCAAAGUCAAGUAGUCAAGUCUCACAUACCUUUGGUGUCUACGGUGUCACAGACGAUUAUAACCAGGGUGGUACCAUCCACCGUAUCGUCCGUGUCAACUCCACCGAUGAACGAGCAAUCCACGCCGGAAUGUUUAGAGCCACGUAUAAUCCAGGGACAACAAUUGGAAUUGGAUGCUGAGGCGCAGAUUAGCCAGACAGCUCAACCGAUGCAACUUACGCCGCCUAUACAGCCUACGCAGCCGAUUGUUGAUAUAAAGAAAGAACCGACCGACAUUGAACAGGAAGAUACGAUAGACGAAGCUGCGUAUAACGUAGCCGAAUCUGAGAAAUCUUUGAAUCCGCUGUGCAUAAAAGAAGAAAAUGUGAAAGAGGAGAAGCCAGAAGCGAUUAAAACGGAGAUUGCGCCCUGCCUUCCUAAGGCCGAACCUAUAGAUACGAUCGUACCGAAACUCGAGACGGAAACUCCUAUAAAACUGGAGUCUGAGAAUGAAGUUAAAGAGGAAGAAACUGGAAAGGAAACUGACGAGGUGGAAUUAGAUGAAGAGCCGGUAGAGGAUCCGUUGAAAGAGCCGAACACGGAUCCUCUCGCCAUCGAUCCCAAGGAGGAUCCGAUCGACAGUAAGGAGGACAGCGAUUACUGGUCCGCGAAGGAGGUGAACAUCGAAAGCGUCAUAAAGAAGGUCGACGCUCUGUGCGACGGCGAAGGCAACGACGGCGAUGACGAAGCGCAACAGGGCAACGAGAGCGUAAAUAGCGAUUCUCACGAUGCCAGCAAGAACGAGUCGGAUUGGUUCGACACCGAGUCGACGGAGGGCGAGAGUAAGAAGAACUUUAUCUCGGCUGACGAUCACGACGAAAGUGUGGAAACGUGCGAGAACGAGUGUACGAGGAGCCGUCGUGGCAGAACGAAGAGCAGACGCGGCAGUCGCGGCGGAGUUACCACCAGACGAGGUAGAAAUGCAAGUACUGUUGCUCACCGGCGAGGUGGUAGAAGUCCGAGAGGUAGCAAACACCACGUUGAAAAGAACAAAUUGCCAGCUGAUGUUUAUGAAUUCCACGAUGACAGCGAAGAGGACAACGCAGGUCGUCCGCGACUUAUUCUCACUAUUAAAUCUCCCGGACCAAAUGUAACGGGACCGAAUGCGCAGCCAGCGACACCCGUGGCCGCGGUCAAGGAGGUGCCGCCGGAGGAGUUCGUUUCUCCGACCACCAAUACAAGGAAAUCCCGAAGAUUGGCGGAAAGAGAUGGCAGCCGUAACACGAUCGACGACGUUAUCGAGGAUGUCGUCCGCGGGUCACCUACGAAUAAAGGAAUGAUCGGUAACGCUGGGAAUGUGCAUGCUACUAGGCGAAGCACCAGGCAUAAUAAUGUUCCGCGUAAUACAGCACAGCAAUCAAUCGCUCCACUGACGGAACUUCGCAAGUCACCGAGGGGUAGUCGCAAAGCAACGAGGCGAACUUCAGAGAACAAUGACGACAGCGGAGAAGAGAAAGUGAAAGAGGUGACAGUGACGCCACCGGAGACUACGAUCAAGGAAGAGCCGAAACUGGAGCCGGAAAGCCCGAAAGCGGAGGAACCAGCAGCUCACACUGUAACACCAACGCCGCUGAAGUCGCACGAGCCGAUGACGUUAAUCGAUCCAGUCACAGGAAUGCUGAUACCCAUGAGAGAAUCCGAGGAGGGCCAGUACAUCCCGGUGUCCACGUCGUCUGGUCAGACGCAGGCUGCCAACAGAGCACUCGGCGAAGCUCGGAGCAGCGGAUUGCCCAGCGCGAGUCCGACGAACGAAGCUCCACGAGCGAAACCCGUUGCCGAGAGCUCGGUCUUAGUACCAGCAGAGCAGAAGAAGGAAGCCGUUAUAGAGCACGCGUCUUGCCAGCCGGCACCGACCCAGCAAAUCCAACCGCAAACUAGCGUGAUCACGAAACCACAAUCCCCGGCGGUACAAGUCACCUCCUCCAUCUCCGUUGCACAAUCCUCGACGACAUGCACGACCAUCGUGACUACCGUGACCGCGACGACUGUACCGACCACGACGGCGCAACCGAUAGCCACCUCUCCUUCGCAAACGAAGCCUACGAGCCUCAAGGCGCACGUGCUGAACGCCAGCAAGCUAGUGACGUCGACUCAACAGCAGGUUAUCACGAAACCUGUAACUCCGAGUUUGCCCAACCAAACGAUAGUACAGAACAUCGUCAAGCCACCCGCGCAAGCGAUACAGGGUCUCAAUCUGCAAAUACCACCCGGCAGAGUUGUGUCGCCCAGCUUGAGCCCGCGCGCGAAACAGGCGGCGCCGCUGACCCCGACGAAUGGAAAGCAAGGCCAACCCAUGUCUCCCGUGCUCAACAAUACUGGCACACCGCCUAAUCCCAAGCAGCACCUUCUUCAAGCGGCGAAGCAACAAACAUCGAUAGUGACAAACACGAUAGUGAACAUGUCACAAAAACUGCCACUAAACAUACAUCCUGCCAGUGUAAACGUUAGUACUCCGACACCAAGAAUCCAUCAGCCAGUCUCGCAGCCUACUACUCUGAAGGGUAUCAAUGGACAGCCUCAUCCGCUCAAUCCGAAGGCGCACUUGUUGCAAGCUGUGGUUCCACCGAUCGGGACAGUAGCGAGCUCACCCACGCAACCGCAUCUCGUCAAUCCGCAGCAGAUUUCGACUGUCGUGAACAGCGUCCGACCACCGGGACCGAAAGCUCCGACUACCGGGCCGAUGGAGCCACAAAACGUGGAGGUGCCAAUGUCUGGUUGUAUCAUGGUGCCGACUGCGAGUCCACAAAGCCGCACCGUACCGAUACCAACGUACGAGGCUCCAUUGCAUGGAAGUACGAGUGCUACUCCACCAGGGGGUCAUUAUGGUCUUGUCCCCCCGCAUCGUCCCCAGAGCCCUCCAUUGCCUCCACCUGCCCAUCAUCACGCUAAUACUUCACAGAGUGAAGUCGUCAACCAUUACGGAGGACUGGCUCGUGACCACUACUUGCAUUCUCCGAUGUUCCAGUAUCAAUAUCUCCGCGCUCAACAAGAAGCGUUAACGGCACCUCGCAUAACUUACCACAUUCCAGGAACAAGAUCUCCGCACUUACCUCUGGACCCGAAACUCGAGCCCGGCAUAGAGGACGGUCACAGUCCUCCUAUGGAAUUGAGACGGGGCACGAGAACGCCCCAGGAACGCACUACCGACAGCCCGCAAAUUGCUCAAGUCUACAUGUUACACGGGGCAAUGAGACCGUUACCACCGCCUCCAUCGCAGUACAACACGGGAAGUAAUCCAUCGUUGUCCGGCGCACCGGCUGGCGCUAGAGCGAAUUUCUACGAACCACCGCCCGCUCAUUUGCAUUCUCAAUAUCCCAUUGCUGCCAGCGAGGCUCCGCCUGACAUCGGUAGAGCCCCUUCGCCGGACAGAUGUAGGAAACAUCAAGUCGCCACCCCACCGCCGCUUUACGCGGGGUCUCAGGUGCCAUCGCAAGCGGACUCGUUUCAGAUGCUACUCCAACGUCAUCCGGUUAUGUGGCAAGGUUUAUUAGCUCUCAAGAACGAUCAGGCAGCGGUGCAGAUGCACUUUGUUUUUGGCAAUCCCAGAGUGGCCAGAGAUAGUCUGCCGUGUAACAGCGACGGCUCUACACCGCCGUUGAGAAUAGCGCAGAGGAUGAGAUUGGAGCAAACCCAAGUCGAGGGUGUGGCAAGAAAGAUGCAAACUGAAGACGAACACUGUAUGUUGUUGGCACUACCUUGUGGCCGUGACGAAGAGGACGUAAUGCGACAAAGCAAAAAUCUGCAAACAGGAUUUAUCAUGUAUCUUCAACAAAAGCAAGCCGCUGGUAUCGUAAACAUUGCUGCACCAGGAUCGCAACAGGCGGCGUAUGUAGUUCACAUUUUCCCGUCUUGUAACUUCGCGCGCGAAACUUUGGCAAGAAUCGCACCGGACCUGCAUCACCGCGUCGCAAAAAUCGCUCACUUACUAAUCGUCAUCGCCACGGUUUGAGGCCGAUCAGCGACCUACUGGAUUAUGAUCUGUUCAUGUCUCUCGCCUUCGCGCACCGCAGGACGCUUCGCAUGUGGUAUGAAACCUGGAGUGUCCGUCUGACAGUAGUUGUGCGACAAAAGGAGAGGGAGAAAGAGAGAGAGAUGCAUUCAAGAGGAAGGAAGCUCCUUGCACGGAGUUGUAUCAGUGACAAUCAAACGGAAACCGGCGGUAAGCCGAUCUUUAGAUCGUAAGGCCUAAAGAGCGAGGCGCGAGGUUGUGCAGUGAAGCGAGGUUAGCACCUGGUUGCUAUGCCGUGCGUGCCUCCCUUCGAUGAAUUUCGCGCGGGCAAGCUCGUUUCGUUCUCUCUCGUCCCCUUUUUUCUUUCUCCUUCUUUCUCGCGGACGGCUUGUGACUCGCGUCAAUCAUUGACAACGUUUGUGGGAUCGACCGACGUCACUCUUGGUCUUUCUGACAAGCGGGUCAGGCACAACCCCGGCCCUCAAGACAAGACCUUCGAUUCGUCACGCGACGCGACGCGACGCGACGCUCGCUUACUUACGCUCGUCCUCCCCAUAGAGGGAACAAUAAAUAAUCCAUUGCUCUAGAUGGACAAGUGGACUGCGAAGCAUAAUAACGAAUAGGAGAACCUUAACGUACACUCGUCAACUAUUACACAUGAGUUAUUUUAAGCGAGGUCUAGACGUUAAUGAUAAAUUGUGUACACAUUAUAUUAAGUGAGCCACCGAGGGCAUAACUACUGUGAUUUUAAGUAUUUAACGAUAACAUAACGAUAACAUUGCGUAUAAGGAAGAAGAGGGGAAGGUGACAAAAAGUAAAAAAAAAAGCAUAUUAGGGGAUGCCCGACUAAUGGUCCGCGCGGUAUGUGAUGUGUUUUUGUAUAAUAUUGCUCUAUAUAUAAAUAACUAUGUAUUAUAUUGCUGUAACUGAUAGUUUGCUGCUGCCCGUUGCUGCUGCUGCCGCCGUCGGUCGUGUCGUCGAAGUAGAAUGUAAAUUACAAUGUUAGAUAUCUAGUACACACACAUACAAGCACACGUGCACACACAUACACGCACGCACACACGUACAUACACACACAAACACAGUGAAUGACAAGAAAAGUUGGGCUACCCCGAGUAGGAUUUCCGAUCUAUUCGUGGAUCUAUCCAUUUGCGAAUACAUAGUGUAUCAUAAUUACCCGGAGCAGGAUGCGAGAAUUUGUGAAUUAUUAUUAUUAUUACUACUCUUAGCGUACUCUUAGCGUCUCAUACGUCUUACGAAAGGAUUUUUAACAUUACUACUUAUUCUUUAUCAUUAUGAUUAUUAUGAGUACUAUUAAUAUUAUCACCAGUGUUUUCAGUGUUGCCAGGGUCAGUACAAUUCUAACACACACACACACACACACACACACACAACGCAUACACGUAGGCACGCAAAGUGAGAGAGAUGAAACACUUGGUACACCGCAAGUGAAAUAAAUUAGACGGUGACUCAAUCGUGACAGAAUCGUGUCUCGUUUAAUUUCUUUCAAUAUGGUGGCUCUGGUAAUACUGAUCAUCGCCCGUUCUUAUUACUGUUAUUAUUAUUAUUAUUAAUAUUAUUACAAGUACUAUUACCACUG